AUGCUUCCGGCAGGUGGCGGUGUCCGCGGGGGGGGUGUCAGCCGAGCCCGCCGCGCUGGGGCCAGGCGCGGGAAAGGGGGUGGGGCCCCGCCAGGUGACGUCAGUAAGGGGGCGGGGCGAGCGGUAAGCGCGCCGGCGGGUUCAUUCAUAAGGAGCAGGCGCGCUCGGCUGGGCAGCCGUGCAGCGUGGGGGCAGGUCUGCGCUGGUGAUGAGGAGGAACAGGAUGCAUUGGUGGCUUGUCAUCGUCCUGGGGCUUCUUCCCUGGCAGGGGCUGAUAGGGAAUGCUACUUCCCCUGGAGCCACCGUGUUGUCCUGUGUCUGGGAGAUGCUCUUCGGGUGGACCAUGCAGGUAGCCCAGGGGCUGGGACUGCUCCCUUGGGGUGGCCUGGUCUGAGUGAGGGUCACCAUGGGCUUGUGCUGGCUGUGGUGCUGAGCCUGCCUGGCGUGGGGGCUGGGAGCUGUGGUCCCCGGGAGCGUGGGACACCGGGAUGCCCGUCCGGACAGGAGCCCACUGGGGUGUGUGGCUCGGCGCAGGGUCCAGCGGGGACAUGCCGAGCUUGUCCCCCUGGCACCUUCUCACCAGGGGAUGUAUCCUGCUCGGCUCACACCCACUGCCGGGCCAGGAACAGGAUCCUGCUGGCACCGGGGACGGCAGUGACUGACAGCCGCUGCGGAGCCUGCCUGCCAGGGUUUUACAGCCCUGAAGGGGAGAGGGAGCCCCAGGGCCGGUGCCUACCCUGUGCCACCGCUCCCCGCAGCACCCCGGGGUGCCCAGGCCACCAGCGAGCUCGCAGCCCUGAAACACUGGACUGGCCGGCAAGGACCAACGGGACGCAGAUGACCCUGAUGGGUGAGGGAGAGGAGGAAGAGGCGGUGGCGGCGCAGGUGACCAUGCUGACCAUUGUCCUGGUCUUCUGCACCAUGGGGUUGUUGGGCAUCCUGGUGUGCAAUGUGUUGAAGAAGACUGGUUACUGCACUGCCAGCAAGGACCCCCAGCCUGAUGGCACUGGCCCCAGCUCCAUCUACCAGCUGGAGGAUGCCAACGAGGACACCAUUGGGAUGCUGGUGCGGUUGAUCACUGAGAAGAAAGAAAACGCUGCAGCGCUGGAGCAGCUGCUGAAGGAGCAUCAUGGCCAACAGCCAAUGCCACCAGGCUGCACCCCCCUGAAUAAGCUGCACCUCCUGCCUCAGUUUCCCCCCUCCUGCUGGCAUCAGCACCUCCACACCGUCCAGGGUCCAGCCCCCUGCACCCGCUGCUGCCAGAAGUGGCCUGAAGUGCUGCCACUGCUCAAUGCCACCAAGGUCCCCAAACCCAAGGGGUGUCCCAGGGAAGUGCCCAUCCUCUCCGUCGGCAGGUUUCAGGUGUCCCAGGUCCCUGAGAUGAGGAGCGAAGCGGGGGGCGAACCCCCUGGUCGUUGAGAAGCACUGAUGGCCCCCGGAGCUGGCACCUACCCUGAGGGCUGCCUUGGGGUCAUGGUGACACCCAUGAAGACCCCAUGGAGGGGACAGAGGACAUUGGGCACAGUGAGAAAGCCCGUCCCACCUGGAGCCAUGAAAUGCUGGAAGUGGCAGCUUGGCUUCCUGCUCCAAGGUGUCCACUGGCAGCACAGCAAAUCCAAUGUCUUGCCCAGCUGGUGAGAUGAGGUUCCCCGUCCCUGAGGUCUAGUGGUGGCCUGACGGAGAGCAUCUCUGGGAGCCAUGACGCUGGAGCACAGCUCUACUGGAGGCACCAUGCAACGGAGGGCAUUGCAUGGCCAGGAUGCUGUUUCAUGGUCACCACCUGGGUCUGUUCAGCUGAAGCCCCUUCAGCAACAUCAUGAGCUUGAUUCCCCUCCAUCACCAGGUGCCAGCACUCAACAUCGCAGGCUGAUGACUGGCUCUGGAUCAUGGGACAGCUCCCACCUCACCAACAACCCAACAGGGGCAUGGGUUGCUCUGGCCAAAGCUGGCUCCUGCAUCCUCCAUCUAAAGUCCCAAUCAGCCCAGAACAGUGGUGGUGAUGCUCACCAUGAAGAUCACACACUUGUCUUUCUAUAGAAGCUGUUUCUAUAUAUCACGUUGGCUUGGCCACGUUGGGGGUCAGUGGGACAACCCACCCAAGUUUGGGUUGGAGACCAUCGAGCUGCACCACCAACCUAGAAAUGGGCAUAUGGCCAGUCCCCUUCACUUCUCCAUGUCACCACACCAAAAAAACAACCACCAAAACCCUCUCGGGCUCUUUUAUUUAUUUUUUUUUUCUGGAAACAUUUUAAUAGUUAUCGAAUGUUCUACAUCUUACAGUAAAUAUCGUACAGUUACAAACUCUUGGCUGAAAUCUGUCAGGGAGAUCACAACCUGAACUUCAGAACCAAAACCAGAACAG